CGACAGACCGCCGAUGUGUCCCGCCCCUCCAUCAUACCGUUUACAACAGCGAACGGCGUAGGCCGUUGGAGGCGGGGGUUUGCCAUUCUUGAGCGAAGUGAAAGCUGUUUUAAAUGUUUAAUGUCGCAGAAAACCGACAUUCAGUGAAUGCUCACGCGAUUCCAAGGCUGCAAAGUAAACACGCCGCGCUAUCGCCGGCGACUAAAUUUUAGAAAAUCUCGCGAGACCUUAUUUAGCCGAAGCGACGCGCUCGCGGAGAAGUAAAAUAUUGUAAUAUUAAUAUCAAUGACUAUUUAACGUCGUUCACGUGAAACGGAAACCGAAUAAUAAUCAUAAUAAUAAUGAUAAUAUUGUCGUCAACGAGUGUCGAGUAAUCCGGACCGGACCGUCGAUGUCGCGGACCGCGGAUACCUGCAGAGGUGGUGGACAAUGGCACUGUCGUCGUGGAGGUACGAAAUCGCCAUGUUUCUCGCCGUCAACACGUCGUUCCUGGUGCUGUUCGACACGUUUUCCGCGGACCGAGACACCGGGCGGAUCGCGCCGAUGCGCCCCGGACCGCCGCGUCUCGACAGCCGGCGACGCCUGAUGGACCUGAACGGUUUCGAGUACGUCAUCGACAGCGGCGCGUGCGACGGACCGCGACGCCACACGCCCGUCGUGGUGCACAGCCACGUCGGCCACUUCGAACGCCGCCGGGCCAUUCGCCAGUCCUAUACGCGGACCGUGCUCGACCGGCUCGGAUUUCGUCACGUGUUCAUGGUCGGCUUGCCGUCGUCCGGUAACGGCGUCGACGAUCGAGUGUUGCAGGAGCGGCUGCUCCGGGAAUCGUCCCGGCACGGGGACGUGGUGCAGGGCAACUUCCGGGAAGCGUACAGGAACCUGACGUACAAACACGCGAUGGGCCUGACGUGGUUCGCGGCACGGUGCCCGCGGUCGGACUACAUGGUCAAGAUGGACGACGACAUCGCGGUGAACUUGUUCAAGCUGAACGCCGUGCUGGGCCGGGCCGACAACCGCGACCUGGCCGGGUGCGUGAUCGACGCGAAACCGAUACGGGACGAGCGCAACAAGUGGUACGUGAGCCGCGCCGAAUUCGCGGGCGACGCGUACCCGCCGUUCUUGUCCGGUUGGUUGUACGCGGCCAGGGCGGCGUCCGUCGUCCGUCUGCUGCGGGCGAUAGAGGUGCGCGAAAGAUACUUCUGGAUCGACGACCUGUACGUGACGGGCAUACUGGCCGAACGCGCCGGACUCGCGUUCACCGACCUGAGGCCCGAAUUCGAAACCGACCCGGGACCGGUUCACUGUUGCGUGCACAAACGACAGCGGUGCGACUUUUUGGCGGCACCCACCGGCGACGAUGACGCGCUGCUCCAGCGAUACGCCGAACAGCUGAUGCGCUGUAAGGCAACCAACUCUUCCUGUGAUCUAUUUCGGAAAUCCAAACGCCAUCAUAGCUGUCUGGAUUUGUGGAAAAAAAAAAUAUCGGUAGAUACGGCGUCGCGGGUAGGAAAACCAUCAAUAGAGAUAUUGAAUUGGAAUUGAAUCUAUUACAAUAGACUGUAUAACGAUUUCUCGUAUGGAAUUAUUAACUACGGCCCGUUUAAAAACGAUAGAAAAGCCACAAACUAUUAAUCGUAUAUAUUAUAUAUAAAUUAUUAGGAAAAUAUUUUUAUUUUUUAUGUUGUAAUAUUUAACGGUGUAUUUAUUAUUAACUACUAACCGUUAGAAAGGUCUUUUUUUAUUAAAAGACAGAAUUAAAUUAAGUUCCUUUUUUUUUUUUGUUGAGUUUUAUUUUAAUAUAAAUUAUUUGACUUUUUAUUGAUAAUAAUAACUUGUUUAUUAUUGUGUUAUAUUAUUAUAUCAUGUUUGUUUUACUUUAUAGUACCCCCCCCCCCCAGUAGCACCGAUCGCUGUGUAUAAGUAUUAAGUAUUACUGAUGAAGUGAUGAAAUACCCAAUUUAGGUGGGAAGUCCGGGGCGCACGAUCCAGGUAAGUAAUGAUAUUUGGAUAAAAGUACACGCAAUUUGUCCCGUAUUUUAGUGAAACAAAUUCACUGUUUACAGGUACCUUCUAUCUAAGAUUUUAUUUUUAUGAAAAUGAAAUUCAAUUUGAAAUCGGUGGCUGGCGCCAUUAUUAAUCAUACCUACUACCUAUAUAUUAUGUUUAAUUAUUUAGAAAUAAAUAUACAAUUAUUAGGAGAAAUAAAUAAUUUAUUCAUUUAAGACAUUUAGGUUAUGUUAGUUUUAAUUAACUAAUAUCUCACACUAAAAUCAUUAAUAAAUAUAGUAUUUUAUUGUGUAUAAAAAAGAAUUUUUUUUUUAGGAAUAAAUCAAUUCACAAACAUUACAAAACAAUAAUCAAACAAUUUGAGAAUGAAUAAAAUGCAGGGUAAUUUUAAAAGAAUGACAAUUGUAAUAUUAUGUAUUUCAUUUACUGAAAGUCAUUUUCUUAUAUACCAUAAGGCAUAAAUAUUUUAUUGAUGAAAUGUGAUCAAAGAUCAUCAAUAUAUCAUAGAAAUACAAAAGCGAUGUAUAAAUUGUGACAAAAUUUUGGUUGGUCUUCUUGGCUCAGCAAUUACCAUAAGCCGGAACUAUAUCCACCUGGUGGCACACGACUUGCCUUCUUUUGUUCUGGAGCUGGUUCUGAUUGAGCAGAAACAUGCUGAGCUGGUGUAGCUGUUGCCUUAGGAGCUUCAUAACCUUCUCCAG